AUGACUAAAAAUCAAGACUUUAAGCUACUCAAGAUUCAGACCUGUAUUCUCAAAGUGAACAUCAACUGCGAUGGGUGUAAGCAAAAAGUGAAGAAAUUGCUUCAGAGAAUCGAAGGUGUUUACCAAGUAAACGUAGACGCAGAGCUUCAGAGAGUUACAGUCUCAGGAAGUGUGGAUUCUUCAACAUUGAUCAAGAAACUGGCAAGAGCUGGUAAACAUGCUGAGGUUUGGUCCCAGAAACCGAACCAAAAGCAAAACAACUGCAUCAAAGACGACAAGACCAACAACAACAAAGGACAAAAACAGCUGCAGAACAAGUUUCCCACUUUUAUUUCUGAGGAAGAAGAUGAUGGUUAUGAUGCAAAGAAAGGUGUUGGGAACAUUGCUGCAGCUUCCAGCAAUUAUGGUAAAAUGAACAAGAAAGGACAGAAGUUGGCAGAUUUGAAGAUGAACAAUGCUCAACAGUUUGGUGGUUUGAACAUAAAUUCAACGAACGGCAACACGAUGGGGCUUUCGGGUUUCCAUGGAAAUGGUGGAAGGUUUCAAAUUCAGUCCAACAAUGGACUGAAUGAUUUCUACAACUAUCCAUCAUCAAUGAUGAACAUGCAUGCCAUGCAUCAGCAUCAGCAUCAUCAACCACAGAUGAUGUAUCAUAGAUCACCGAUUUUUCCACCCAGCACGGGUUAUUACUACAAUUAUAACCCUCUACAAUUCUCAUUCCCUGAAGUCCCUCAUUACAACGCAGGUGAUGAAAACCCAGAGAGCAGCUGUUCAAUAAUGUAG